ACGUAAAUAUGCCUGUGUGAAGCGUUGAUUGAAAAUGUUUUGUGAUGGGAGUGGUUCGCUCUUUGAACUUUUCAUUGUGAUUUUCUGAUAAAUGUGAUUCGAAUUUAGUGCUGAAUGUCUAUUAUAGUUCAGCGAUAUAUUCCUGCUCCCUCAUAUUGUGACAGUCUAGGGAACUCCAAAGGAGUAGGCGAAGCAGGGAGACUUCAAGACCGCCUUCCACCCGAGCUGCGGCGAUGAGUCUGGAGGACCGGGUUCGCGACCCGGACCGGCGCGGCCGGCUGCAGCAGCUCGAGAGCGACCUCACCAACCCGCGCUCGGUGCUCAAUGUCGACUGUCUGCUGGACUCGGUACAGGCCCUGGUCGCCGACAGCGACCACCCGGCCAUCAAACGCAUCAAAAACAUCGACUCAUUCCUCAACCGGUACUCGUCAGCGGCGCACACGAUCGAGAGUCGCCGGAUGCGAGCCGUGGACUUUUCGCUGAUCAAAGUGAUCGGGCGGGGAGCGUUCGGCGAGGUUCAGCUGGUACGACACAACUCGACUCGGCAGGUGUACGCCAUGAAGCUGCUCAGCAAAUACGAGAUGAUCAAGCGGUCGGACAGCGCCUUCUUCUGGGAGGAGCGUGACAUCAUGGCGCACGCCAACUCGGACUGGAUCGUCAAGCUGCACUACGCGUUCCAGGACGGCCGCUACCUCUACAUGGUCAUGGAUUACAUGCCUGGCGGUGAUCUAGUCAACCUGAUGUCCAACUACGACGUACCGGAGAAGUGGGCGCGCUUCUACACCGCCGAGGUGGUGCUGGCGCUCGAUGCCAUCCACUCCAUGGGAUUCGUACACCGGGACGUGAAGCCGGACAACAUGCUGCUCGACCAGCACGGACACCUGAAGCUGGCCGACUUCGGAACGUGCAUGAAGAUGGACAAGGACGGCCUGGUGCGCUCGGACACUGCGGUCGGCACGCCCGACUACAUCUCCCCGGAGGUGCUCAAGUCGCAGGGCGGUGACGGCGUGUACGGCCGCGAGUGCGACUGGUGGUCGGUCGGCGUCGUCCUCUACGAAAUGCUGGUCGGAGACACGCCAUUCUAUGCAGAGAGUCUGGUGGGCACCUACGGCAAGAUCAUGGACCACAAGAACGCACUCCAGUUCCCCGACGACGUGGAGCUCACCAACGACGCCAAAAACCUGAUCUGCGGCUUCCUCACGGACAGGAGUCAGCGCCUGGGUCGGGACGGCGUGGCCGAAAUCAAGGCGCACCGGUUCUUCCUGGACGAUAACUGGACCUACGAUACCAUCCGGGAGUGCCCGCCGCCCAAGGUGCCAGAGCUGGCCGGCGACGACGACACGAGCAACUUUGACGACGUGGAGACGGAGGACACUCAACAGGAGGACUUUCCGACCCCGAAGGCGUUCGCCGGCAACCACCUGCCGUUCGUGGGCUUCACCUACUCGCAGGAUUACCAGCUGCUUGGAGGUGGCGGUGCGCGGACGGCCCAGCAGGACCACGUGGACGGUGGCCACGGUUCUGUGGAGCGCGAGCGUCAGGCGCGCGCCGAGGCCGAGCACAAGUACCGCGUGACUCUGACUCAGCUGGAGGCUCUGACCGACCACGAGUCACGACUCAGAGAGGAGAAGGCGGAUGUGGAGCGGCGACUCGCCUCCACCAUGCACGACCUCAAAGAGGCGGGCCGGAAGGCCGACCUGGAGCUGGACACCCGCCGGAAGCUGGAGCAGAAGGUGGCAGAGCUGCAGCGUCUGGUCGAGGAGGAGCAGAGCCGGCGGACCCGGGACGCCAUGUCCUCCAACAUCAACUCGGAGCGCAGCCAGGCCCUCGAGAAGCAGCUCAACGAGCUCAACGACAAGCUGAAGGCGGAGACGGACGCCGGCCUGCGGCUCAAGAAGCAGCUGACCGAGAAGGGCGCGCUGCUGGCCGCUCAGGAGCAGACUGUCCGCGAGCUCACCGAGAGGUUAUCCAGUGUGCAGAAUGUGCGUAACGGCCUGGAGACGGAGCUGCUGGCCACACAGGAGCGGCUCGCGCAGGAGAAGGCCAAGAGCGCUCAGGCUAACGAGCUCAGCCAGGACCUCGAGCGCCGGCGGGCGGCGGCGCAGGCCGAGGCCGACCGUCUGGCGGAGCGCGAGGCGGCGCUGCAGGCGGACGCGCGCCUCCAGGCCGACCGGCACGUGGAGCUGGAAAAACAGACGGCCUCACUGCAGCUGGAGCUGCGGGCGCUCAGUGCCAAGUACGAGCAGGAGUCGCGGUCACUGCGCGAGCUGCGCCAGCGGCGCACCGCCAACCAGCAGGAGGCCAACGUCGAGCUGGUCAAGUCCCAACUGAACGAGGAGCGGGUGGCCAGGCAGCGCGCCGAGGGCACCCUCCAGGAGCGAGAGCGGCAGAUGUCCAUGUUGAACGUGGACUACAAGAACAUCCAGCACCGGCUGCAGAAGCUGGAGGGCGAGUACCGCCAGGAGGUGGAAAAGGUGAAGGCGCUGAACGUGCAGGUGGAGCAGGAGGCGCAGAAGCGCUCUUUCCUGCAGAACGACUUCACGAUGCAGUCGUCCCAGAUGUCGCUGCUGCAGUCGCGGGUGACGCAACUGCAGCGUGAGCUGACCGAGGCUCGGCAGGCGCGGGCCGAGCUGCUGGAGCAGCUGCAGCGGCUGCGCGCCACCCGGCAGGUGGACGAGCUGCAGACCAAGGAGCUGGCCGACCAGCUGGAGGCCGAACAGUACUUCACGGCGCUGUACAAGACGCAGUCCCAGGAGCUGCGGGACGAGCUGGACGAAAAGACCCGGCUCUGCGGCGAGCUGGACGAGGAGCGCACCAGCCUGGCGCACCAGCUACAGAUCGCCCUCUCCCGCGCCGACUCCGAGGCGCUGGCCCGCUCCGUCGACCAGGAGACCAUCGCCGAACUCGAGAAGGAGAAGACGGUGCAGAGUCUGGAGGUGCGGGAGCUGCGGAACGAAAUGAACAACAAGGAGCGCUCCGUGACCCUGGCCAAAGACAAGGAGAAUGAGUACAUCCGAUCGCUGGACCAGCUGCGCACUCACAACGACGAGCUGCAGCGGCGCGUCGAGAAACUCGAGCUCGAGCGUCGCUCUCCGCCGCCGGACGUAGCCUCCGAGGAGCUGGAGCGGCUCCGAAAACAGGUCAAACAGGAGCAGCUGCUCAAAAUGCAGGCCGUCAACAAACUCGCCGAGAUCAUGAACCGCAAGGACAUCAACUUCGGCGGCCGCGGCAGCAAGUCGGCGCCCAAGAGCUCUGCCGAGCUGCGGAAGAAGGAGAAGGAGUGCCGCCGGCUGCAGCAGGAGCUGACUCAGGAGCGUGAGAACUUUAACCAGACGGUGGCGCGCUUCAAGGAGGACCAACAGGAGACGCAGGCCAUGAUGGCAGAGGAGCUGCAGAACAUGAACAAGCUGCAGAUGGAGCUGGACAGCAAGGACAGCGAGAUCGAACAGCUGCGUCAGAAGCUGGCCAUGGUCAACUCGGAGACGGCCAGUCUCAACAGCGGUGCCGACCUCGAGAACGCCGACGGAGACGAUUCGCGGCUGGAGGGCUGGCUCUCUGUACCCAACAAGCAGAACAUCCGGCGGCAUGGCUGGCGCAAACAGUACGUGGUGGUGUCGUCCAAGAAGAUCAUCUUUUACGGCAGCGAGUCGGAGCGGGAGCGGACCGACCCGGUGAUGGUGCUCGACCUCAGUAAACUGUUCCACGUACGGCCGGUGACUCAGGGCGAUGUGAUGCGCGCAGACCCGCGAGACAUCCCGCGAGUCUUCCAGCUGCUGUACGCCGGCGAGGGCUCGCGCCACCGGCGGGACGACGGCACGGCGGUCACCGAGGCGCCCGCCGUGGCCGAAAAACCCGGCCAGAUGGUCCACAAGGGGCACAACUUUGUGCAGAUCAGCUUCCACAUGCCAGCGGCGUGCGACGCCUGCUCACGGCCGCUGUGGCACAUGUUCAAACCGCCGCCGGCGCUGGAGUGUGAACGCUGUCACAUGCGGAUGCACAGGGAGCACCUGGACAAAAACGAGACAUCCACCGUGGCGCCGUGUAAGCUCAACUUCGACUCCCGUACGGCCAAGGAGCUGCUGCUGCUGGCGCCGUCGCUGGAGGAGCAGAAGCACUGGGUGAUGCUGCUGGGCAAGAGGAUACAGAAGUGUGGCUACAAGGCUAACCAGGCGGCCAGCGACGGCAGCAAGGUGUCUCCCAGACACCCGGCCAACUAGUUACAUGACCGCCGGUCUGGUUUCACGGCAGCUUUGGAUAUAGGGAGUCGACGCGGUCGGCAUAUAAGCCGUUCAGUGUACCGCCCCAGAGCGGUAACAAGUCGGCCACAUUGCCACCUGGUAGCAGUCUGCAGAAGCACAAGUGAUAGCCGAGGCCGCCAGGCGGCAGCGGCCGGUGACCAGCCCACCGCGCUGGGAUCAGUGUGUGACGGCGGUCGGCUGGCGGGCCGGGAACUGCUGAGGCCUGGCCUCCAGUGGUGGACGCGUGUGCCAUGCAUUUUCCUAUCGUGAACGAACCCUUGUGAUAGCAGGAACAAGGCGUCGGUGCCGGGCCGCCGCCGCCCGGCCCCGGUCCCGCCGAACCGGUGCCUUUGAGACGGAACGAGAGAGGGCGCAGCCGGCGGGGACGAGAGCCGCCGCUGCGGAGCGCGCGAGCUCCCAGACCGUGUUGUGCAUACAUUCGUGUAUAUAUAAUUCGCUUAUCAUCAGUGUAGGCGGUUGAAUGAUUUUAUAUUUUCGCAGAUUGCGGAAAGGUGUGUGUCUGUGUGUGGUGGCGCGCGGAGUGGGUGCGGUGCGGUGAUUUUGUAUCUGGGAGUGUACGGGGCGGGCCGCGGAGCGCCGGCCGGCGGACCGGACUGCCGGACCGACCGGCCGGCCGGAUCCCGGCGCCGGCAGAGUGGCCAGCUCAACUUUAUCUACUGUCUGCUUUAUACACGUGACAUCGUUAACAAAUAAACACCUCAUGCCAACUGCG